UACCCUUCCUUUAUCACUCCACAGACAAUUCUCGCCCUCAUUGAUCCUCAAAUUUACCUCGUUUGCCACCGUUAAUAACCCAAACUUUCCCUCCAUGGAACCGAAUCCGCCGGAGUCGGUUGAGGAUUUUAUUCAUAUCGAGAAUCCGAACCCUGACAACGUUGAGGCACUGAGUGAGAGCGUUGUUAGUCUUGGCGAGAGCGUGGUUAGUUAUGGGGAUGAGGUGAGAGAUUCGGGCGAUGCCGUUUCGGAGGAGACGAAGAAGGAAUUGCCUGAGGAGCUAUCGAAGAGCGUGGUUUUCCUCACGUGCGAGUCAUCCGCCGAAGGCGGCACUUGCGAUGUGUAUGUUGUUGGAACUGCUCACAUUUCCCAGGAUUCAUGCAGAGAAGUGGAAGCAAUAAUUGAUUAUUUGAAACCACAGGCUGUUUUCUUGGAAUUAUGCUCAAGUCGGGUGGCUAUCCUUACUCCUCAGAAUCUAAAGGUACCCACCAUGGGAGAAAUGAUAGAAAUGUAUAAGAAGAAGCAUAACAUGUUUGGAAUACUUUACAGUUGGUUUCUUGCCAAGGUCGCUAGUAAGCUCGAGGUUUUUCCUGGUUCUGAGUUUCGUGUAGCAUUUGAAGAAGCAAUGAAGUAUGGUGGCAAGGUGAUACUUGGUGAUCGUCCUGUACAGAUUACACUGCGGAGGACCUGGGCAAAGAUGCCGCUUUGGCAUAAGGCAAAAUUACUGUAUUCCUUGAUUUUUCAAGCAUUCUUCUUGCCUAGCCCUGAGGAUCUUAACAAAAUGCUGAAGGACAUGGACGACAUUGACAUGCUGACCCUUGUGAUUCAAGAGAUGAGCAAAGAAUUCCCAACUUUAAUGGAAACCCUUGUACAUGAGCGAGAUAAGUACAUGUCAUCAUCAUUGUUAAGAGUUGCUAGUGAGCAUAAUUCAGUGGUUGCUGUUGUUGGAAGAGGACACCUACAAGGAAUUAAGAAGCACUGGAAGCAACCUGUUUCGACAAACGAUCUUAUGGCAAUUCCUACACAGAAGCCAGUGCUUUCUGCCGCAAAAAUUCUUACUACUAUUGGUGUUGCGGGUGCUGGGGCAGCCAUCAUCUCGGGCGUAUAUCUUAAAUUCAAAAAAUAA